CCCCACGUGACGUCACAUUGUAGCGCCAAAGACGGGUUCGCUAAAUUAAAACGAAAACACGGAGAGCUUUCGUUCUCUAUUGUUCUUAAGCAAAGCAACAUGCCGAAGGUAAAGAGGAGCCGGAAGCCGCCUCCGGACGGCUGGGAGCUCAUCGAGCCCACUCUGGACGAGCUGGACCAGAAGAUGAGAGAAGCUGAAACAGAGCCUCACGAGGGGAAACGAAAGGUGGAGUCCCUUUGGCCAAUUUUCAGACUGCACCAUCAGCGAAGUCGAUACAUCUACGACCUCUUCUACAAAAGGAAAGCCAUCAGCAGAGAGCUGUAUGAGUACUGUAUAAAGGAAGGCUAUGCAGACAAGAACCUGAUUGCCAAGUGGAAGAAGCAGGGCUACGAGAACCUGUGCUGCCUUCGUUGCAUCCAAACACGAGACACCAACUUUGGUACUAACUGCAUCUGCAGAGUCCCCAAGAGCAAGCUGGAAGUUGGAAGGAUCAUUGAAUGCACCCACUGUGGAUGCAGAGGAUGCUCCGGCUAAGUGCUGACAUGCCGUCUAUUUUCUGUUGGACACCAGGGCUCACCCAGCCACCAUCUGUGCACUCAAAACCCCAAAGCAACAUUGUCUUUAUUUCAGUCAGAAACAAAUCACUGAUAUCCUCACCAUCACCCUCAGUUGCCCUUAAAGGGGUCAGUUUUUGAAAACAGGGGAGCAAAGGAGAAUACACAGUGAGGGGCCAUAUUGUAUUACAUUUUUUUUUUCCUACCUAACUAAAGCCUUCAACUCCAAAAGCUCAAAGUAGGAAGUUGAGGUUGGCUGUUUCUGUAUAAGGCCUGUCAUUCCAGCUAGUCAUACCCACUGUGAAGGUCAUUUUCAAUUCUAAUGUUUUUCAUUUAACUUGAAGAGGGCUGGGAGGGAGGUGAGUUUUGUUUUGUGUCAUUGUUUUAAUCCUUAACAAGUUUUCUUCAUCAUUGUUCUUGUAGUGUAAUUUUAAAUAAAACGAUCUUGAUUUACCUGAGCUUCCUUUU